CUGAUUGAGAACAACUUGGCAGUUACCACUGCCAGUUCAUUUUUAAGGAGUUACUAAUUAGUUUUACAAUUUUUCCCUUUAUUUUGCUGAUACAUUACUUAUUAUUUACAAUAUAUUUGAUUUGAAACCAUUUAAUAUAUAAAAAUUCAUAAUUUUGACUCAAUUUUUUUUUAUUAGUUCUUUGUAAUAAUGUCAUCUAGAGGGCCAAUGAUAGCUGGUUCAGAUGGAUCAGAUUUUACCCAUCGACAAAAAGUUGCUGACCAUUAUAAACUUAGUGUACAGAAUAAGAGUCGAUUGAAGUAUUGUAUUUUAUUUCAUUAUUUAUUAUUUUUUCUAAUGGUUGCUAAAUUAUGUCCUGAUGUACUCGAUAGAUUAGAUAUAUUUGUAUUAGAAAUUGAAGAACUUGAAAUACCCAAGCCAUUGUUUUGGGAAUACUUAUGGUGUUUAAGUUUACCUGCAUCAUUUUUAGCAUUACGAGCAAUCAAACAUAAUUGUGUACGGAAUAUUUCACUUUACAUAAAAUGGAUUAUUUUAUUAGGGAUAUUACCUGUAGUAUAUGCCUUUUUUUACUACCUAUCAGAUGUUUAUAAAUUCAUAACAGAAAGUCCAAAUGAUUCAAUACUGAAAUGGAGAAAUUUCCCAUAUGGCAUUUUGUGGUAUAUAUUUAUUGCAUUAGCAGUUCAAAUUCAUGGUUUUUCCAUACAUUUUGCUUCAAAUCUAAAAACUGCUUGGGUUGCCAGAGGAACCGCACAAAAAAGAAAAUAAUUGGUUUAAAAAUUGUUGUGAUUGAUUAAAAUUAUGUUACAGAGUUUUUAUAUUGUAGAUAAAUUUUAAUAAAAAAAAAGUUGUUAUUUCAUUAAUUUUUAUUAAUAAAAUUAAUUAUAUUUUAAUUGAAAAAUUAAAAAUUGUUAACUUAUUUUUUUUAUAAGAUAAAAAAGUUAAUUGUUUUUAUAUACAUUAGUUAAAAAUUAUAAAUUUAUAUUUUGUAGAGUAACAAUGAU